UGGUUUUCUCAUUCAACGAUAUAUCAUCUUAAUUCUUCUCAAAUAUUUGACAUAUAUAAUUAAAAAUAUAUAUCAAAACUUCCAUCUGUUGAAAAAUGGCCUUCAGUGGGACUCAGCAGAAAUGCAAGGCUUGCGACAAGACUGUUCAUUUCAUUGAAAUGUUGACAGCUGAUGGUGUUUCUUAUCAUAAAACCUGCUUCAAAUGCAGUCACUGCAAUGGAACUCUUGUGAUUAGUAGCUACUCCUCCAUGGAUGGUGUCUUGUACUGCAAGACUCACUACGACCAACUCUUCAAGGAGACUGGCAGUUUGACCAAGAAAUUCCAAACAACUCCAAGGUCACAAAAUGAGAUGAAUAGGACACCUAGCAAACUCUCCUUCAAGUUUUCUGGGACACAAGAAAAAUGUGCUGUCUGCAAAAAAACAGUAUACCCUCUGGAAAGGGUGAAUGUGGAGGGGGAAUUUUUCCACAAGAAAUGCUUCAGGUGUUCCCACGGUGGGUGCUUCCUGACACCCUCAUCCUAUGCUGCUUUGAAUGGAAUUCUCUACUGCAAGCACCACUUUUCUCAGUUGUUCAAGGAGAAGGGAAGCUACAAUCAUCUCAUCCACACUGCUUCAAUGAAGAAGAAUGGAGCAAUUGUCCCUCAAGGAAACCUUGAAUCAGAAUCAAAGCCAAUACCAGAACCUGAAGAUCAGGACGCAGCCCAGUAGGAAGAGCAUGCAUGCAAUAGUAAAAACGUACGUGCACCAUCCAUUAGUGUAAAACAAUUUUCGCGGUUCUUCUUCUUCUUGUCGAUUUCUUCUCAGGACACUGGGCUACUUCCAUGUUCCAUUUUGCUCGUGUGAAGAGGAAUAUAUGGGGGUAUUUCAAUUUGCAAGCAUCUGCAAGGUCUUCUCUCUCUGUAACAAAUGCCAGCGGAAAGAACUGUUCUUCUAUUGUGAUGUUAAAGUAUUAAUUAAAUAAUCAAACUCAUCAUUAUUUA